AUGGGAACGGUGACAGUGCCAGUCACACUGCCAAACAUUCAGGGCACCACCAACCUGAUUAACAUCGACACGUGGACACUCAUCCAGCAGCACACCAAUCCCUAUCACAUGAACUAUCCAUGGCUCAAUUAUAGAAACGGUUUUGGGUCUCCCCCAUCUUUUUACUGGUUGGGACUGGAAGCUGUUUACCAGCUCGUUAGUGCCAGGCCGCACAUGUUGAAGUUGGAAGUUCUUCUCAACAAUGGUCUCUUCUUAAUGGACCAAUACUCAACUUUCUCCUUGAAGAAUGAGACAGAAAAAUAUGCCAUCCACGUAUCAGGUUGGAUGGGAUCCAACGCUGACGUGUUCAAUUACUCUCCCAAGCUAGGGAUGUGCCACAACAAUCAGAAAUUUUCCACUUACGAUAACUACAACAGCGGAGGAUCUACAAACUGUUACAAUACUUACGGAGGGGGCUGGUGGUACUACGCCACUUACUGUCAAUCUUCAAAUCUGAAUGCUUAUAAUUCAUACUUCGUAUAUUACUCAAAAGUGAACGAUUCUUCCGUUCAGGUUAAAAUAAGCAAGAUGUAUAUCAAAGCUACGAUUUGA